UCGAAGUGGCUUCUGCCUCUUCUGCGCUCUCCGCAGCCCGACCCCCUUCUCUCUCUUUCCUAGGGUUUCUAAUUUUUCUAUAUACUCGCGGUUGUUAGUUGAUCCGACUGUCAGAUCUUCGACCUUCUCCUGGUGAUUCCUAAGGGCGUGGAGGCUGACAAAAUUCCAUGUAUGUAACCUGAAUCAUGUUGCUUGUUUCCUAAGAGAUUUUCCAGAAGCCUCGAUGCACAAUGGCGGUUGAAAUCACUCAAAUCCUUUUAAACGCACAGUCAAUUGAUGCCGCUACCCGUAAACAUGCAGAAGAAAGCUUGAAGCAAUUCCAAGAUCAAAAUUUUCCUAGUUUUUUGCUUUCUCUCUCCGGUGAGUUAGCAAACAAUGAGAAGCCUGUCGAUAGCCGAAAAUUAGCUGGUCUUAUCCUCAAGAACACUUUGGAUGCAAAGGAGCUGCACAGGAAAAAUGAGCUUGCUCAGAGAUGGCUGUCAUUAGAUGCAUCAGUGAAAGCUCAGGUGAAAGGAUGCAUGUUGCAGACCCUUUCUUCCCCUGUUUCUGAUGCUAGGUCUACUGCAUCUCAAGUCAUUGCAAAGAUUGCAGGGAUUGAGUUGCCGCAAAAGCAGUGGCCUGAACUUAUAGGCAUUCUCUUAUCAAACAUUCACCAGCUACAAUCUCAUGUCAAACAAGCAACACUCGAAACACUUGGAUAUUUAUGUGAGGAAGUUUCUCCUGAAGUUGCUGAUCAAGACCAAGUGAACAAGAUACUGACUGCAGUUGUCCAGGGAAUGAAUGCUUCUGAGGGGAAUAAUGAUGUCAGGUUGGCUGCGACUCGGGCGCUUUAUAACGCAUUAGGAUUUGCACAGGCAAAUUUUUCAAAUGACAUGGAGAGAGAUUAUAUUAUGAGAGUUGUUUGUGAAGCAACCAUGUCUCCUGAGGUCAAGAUUCGACAAGCAGCAUUCGAGUGCUUGGUUGCCAUCUCCACUACGUAUUAUGACAAGCUUGCUUCGUACAUGCAAGACAUAUUUAGUAUCACUGCAAAGGCAGUCAGGGAGGAUGAGGAGCCUGUUGCUCUUCAGGCCAUAGAGUUCUGGAGCUCAAUUUGUGAUGAGGAGAUUGACAUCUUAGAUGAGUAUGGAAGUGAUUUUACUGCUGAUUCUGAUAUUCCGUGCUUCUAUUUCAUCAAGCAGGCCUUGCCAGCAUUAGUUCCUAUGCUAUUGGAAACUUUGCUUAAGCAGGAGGAGGGCCAAGAUCAGGAUGAAGGUGCUUGGAAUAUUGCAAUGGCUGGUGGAACAUGUUUGGGUCUUGUUGCCCGAACGGUUUCGGAUGAUAUAGUCCCUCUUGUGAUGCCUUUCAUAGAAGAGAACAUAACAAAACCAGAUUGGCGACAAAGAGAAGCGGCAACAUAUGCUUUUGGUUCUAUUUUGGAAGGGCCGUCAGCUGAAAAACUCAGCCCCAUUGUAAAUGUUGCACUAAACUUCAUGCUCACGGCAUUGAUGAAGGAUCCCAAUGAUCACGUCAAGGACACUACUGCGUGGACUCUUGGAAGAAUCUUUGAGUUUAUGCAUGGCUCCAAUGUAGAGACACCUGUUAUAACCCGUGAGAAUUGCCAUCAGAUUCUCACUGUAUUGCUACAGAGCAUGAAAGAUGUUCCUAAUGUUGCUGAAAAAGCCUGCGGUGCCUUAUAUUUUCUUGUGCAAGGUUAUGAAGAUGCUGGUUCUGCAUCGCCAUUGUCUCCCUUCUUUCAUGACAUAAUUCAAGCUCUUCUUUCUGUUACCCAUAGAGAUGAUGCUGGUGAGUCUCGCCUGCGGACUGCAGCUUAUGAAAGUUUGAAUGAGGUGGUGAGGUGCUCUACAGAAGAGACUGCCCCCACAGUGAUGCAGCUGGUGCCAGUUAUCAUGAUGGAAUUACACCAGACCCUUGAGGCACAAAAGCUUUCUAUGGAUGAGAGAGAGAAGCAAAAUGAACUUCAAGGUCUUCUGUGUGGGUGCCUUCAGGUUAUCAUUCAGAAGUUGGGAUCAGCAGAAUCAACAAAAUAUGCUUUUAUGCAGUACGCAGAUCAGUUGAUGGAUCUUUUCUUGAGGGUUUUUGCCUGCAGGAAUAAUGCUACAGUGCAUGAAGAGGCUAUGCUGGCUAUUGGUGCUUUGGCAUAUGCUGCUGGCCAAAAUUUUGUGAAGUACAUGCAAGGAUUUUAUCCUUAUCUGGAAAUGGGUCUUCAAAACUUUGAGGAGUAUCAGGUAUGUGCUAUUACUGUUGGUGUUGUUGGAGAUAUAUGCAGGGCAUUGGAAGAAAAAAUAUUGCCAUUUUGUGAUGGAGUCAUGACACAUCUUCUCAAGAAUCUCUCAAGCAAUCUGUUACAUCGGUCUGUGAAGCCGCCGAUUUUCUCAUGUUUUGGUGACAUUGCCUUGGCGAUAGGGGAGAACUUUGAAAAAUAUUUGAUAUAUGCAAUGCCUAUGUUACAAAGUGCUGCAGAGUUAUCGGCGCAUGCAGUAACAGUUGAUGAUGAGAUGCUCGAAUACACCAAUCAGCUUAGGAAUGGCAUUCUUGAAGCCUACUCUGGGAUAUUCCAAGGUUUCAAGAACUCUCCAAAGACCCAGUUGCUGAUGCCUUUUGCACCUCAUAUUCUACAAUUCCUGGAUAGCUUGUACAAUGAGAAGGACAUGGAUGACGUGGUGAUGAAGGCUGCCAUAGGUGUUCUCGGAGAUUUAGCUGAUACACUGGGCACCAAUGCUGGUCCCUUGAUAAACCAGUCUAUUUCAAGCAAAGACUUUUUGGAAGAAUGCUUAUCAUCAGAUGAUCAUUUGAUUAAAGAAUCUGCUGAAUGGGCUAAGUUAGCUGUUACUCGGGCUAUUUCUGGUUGAUUUUAAGGCAAACUCUGUUAAAAGUGUUUCUGCAUAUGCAUCUGAGUCGUGUUGAAGUCCGGUCGGGAAUUACAUGCAUGAGUCAGUCUUCACCAUCAUCAUUUGUCUGAGGCUUUGAUGUCUGGGCUGAGUCAGGACGUAAUCACUAACUCAUUUGCAUCAGUUAGUCGGGUCCUUAUCUUUCUCAUUUUUCGCUGCACUUAUGCUAACGUUGAAACCAGAAGCCACAUGAUCCCCUCCUUUUGCAGUAAAUCUGAUUGAAUCAAGUUUUACUGAGAUGGCUCUCCUUGAUGGCAAUGGCACCAUGGAUUUGUGUUGCGCUCCAUUACAUAUCCACACAGAUGAAUUAGACAUCUCCAAUUGAAUUGGCAAACAAAAUAUAUCAUCAAUUAGCAAAGCCUGCAGUUAUGGUGGGAGAUCUGAUACCCUCUAGCAUUAAUUUCAUGGUCAAGUUGGAAAUCAAUCUGCAUAUUUUUCAUCUUAUGCCCAUUUUUCCAUCAUUUUUAUUUAUUUUUCUUGGAAAUUUUAUGAUUGUCUUGCCUGUUUUCAGUUUUUCUGGUCCGGUCUUGUCUGUUCUGGUCUGCAUUUCAUCCAAAUACCAUUUGCUCUCAUAUACAUUGUAGAAGGCUCCAAUAUCUGUUGUGAAAGUUCUGCAUCUGCUUAUAUGUAAUGAGAAUACUUGUAAAGUUCUUUGCCUUAGGGUCUACUCCAGCAUCCACAACAAUGCUUCGAUCAAUCAAAAGCCCUAAUGUUGCUGGCAUUUUUAUUAUUAUGUUUUGUCUAGCUGUUUCCUUCUGUUUUAUGCCAAGAUUCUUGGCUCUCUUUCUGUACUGUUUUCUGUGAGCGAUGCCCUUAUAAUUCUUCA